AAGAGGCACAGUGCGGCCACCCUGCCCCACCGGAAGGAGGGUCGCCGAGCUGGGGGGAGGAGCCACAAAAGGGAUUGUGGGAGAAAGGCUUCUUCCUUUCCUCUGGCGGCAGCCAUCAGGUGAGCCAAGAUGGGUGCAUACAAAUACAUCCAGGAGCUAUGGAGGAAGAAGCAGUCCGACGUGAUGCGUUUUCUUCUGAGGGUCCGCUGCUGGCAAUACCGCCAGCUCUCUGCACUGCACAGGGCUCCACGCCCCACCCGGCCUGAUAAAGCUAGAAGACUGGGGUACAAGGCUAAGCAAGGCUAUGUCAUUUAUAGGAUUCGUGUCCGCCGUGGUGGUCGCAAACGCCCUGUUCCUAAAGGUGCAACUUACGGAAAGCCUGUCCACCAUGGUGUUAACCAGCUGAAGUUUGCCCGAAGCCUUCAGUCUGUUGCUGAGGAGAGAGCUGGGCGCCAUUGCGGGGCUUUGAGAGUCCUGAAUUCCUACUGGGUUGGUGAAGAUUCCCAUACUAUUGGUGGUUCUCGCCGUGCAGCCUGGAGAAGGCGCAAUACUCUCCAGCUCCACCGUUACCGCUAAUACACAUAUUUGUAAAAUUCAUAUCCAAUAAACAAUUUAGGACAGUCA